AUGUCCUGGAAGAAGGAUGGAGUUGGGGAUCAACAUUCAGUGUGGAAGAGACGUUUCCUAGCUACUGCAGUGUGUCUGGGACUGCUGUGUGUUCUCCUACUGGCUGGGAUCAUAGGCCUGUUACUCUACCAGAGAAACCUUUUGAACAACCUGACUGCAGAGAGAGACCAGCUACAGACCAGUUAUAACACCCUGACUGCAAAGCAAGACCAGCUACAGACCAAUUAUAGUUCCCUGACUAAAGAGAGAGACCAGCUACAGACCAGCUACAACACCCUGACUGCAGAGAGAGAUCAGCUACAGACCAGUUAUAACACCCUGACUGCAAAGCAAGACCAGCUACAGACCAAUUAUAGUUCCCUGACUAAAGAGAGAGACCAGCUACUGAAGAUUGAUAAAUAUGUCAAAUGUCCCCAAGACUGGAUAAGGUCUAGCUGCAGUUGUUACUACAUCUCCCCUGAUGAGAAAACGUGGGACGACAGCAGAAAGGACUGUCAGGCGAGAGGAGCAAACCUGGUGAUCAUCGACAGCAGAGAGGAACAGGCUUUAAUCAAAGCAUUCAACAAAAAAGCCUGGUUAGGUCUGACUGACAGAGAAGUUGAGGGAACCUGGAGAUGGGUGGACGGCACACCACUGACCACAAGUUACUGGAAGAAAGGGGAGCCAAAUGAUUUGCAAGGAGAAGACUGCGCUUUGGUUGACAACACUCAAAAGGACCCAGUAGUGGCUUGGAAUGAUGUGCCAUGUAACCACAAAAAUGGUUUGAUCUGUGAAAGGCAGGUGUGUUUAGUCUAUCAAUGA